GUAUGGAUUUAAAAAUAGUUUAUUUCGAACAGGAUUUACGAAUAGUUUAAUAAAAUUUACAAUCAAAAAAGUAUUUAACGUGGCCAUAGGUAGUAUGUUCAAUAGGAAUUUACGUGACCAUGGAUUCGGUUAUGAACAUAUUCAAUUUUUACAAAGAAUCAUUUUUGCGACCCAAAAUGUUUUUGUUACUAGUCUUGAUUUAUAUACAGAUAGUACUUCAAGAUGGCUGACAGUGAAGAUAUUCAACCACUUGUUUGUGAUAAUGGAACUGGAAUGGUUAAGGCGGGGUUUGCGGGUGAUGAUGCACCAAGAGCGGUUUUCCCGAGCAUUGUAGGUCGCCCUCGUCACACGGGUGUGAUGGUUGGGAUGGGACAAAAGGAUGCUUAUGUUGGAGACGAGGCUCAGUCAAAACGUGGUAUCUUGACUCUCAAAUACCCGAUUGAGCAUGGAAUUGUUAACAAUUGGGAUGACAUGGAGAAGAUUUGGCAUCACACUUUCUAUAACGAGCUUCGUGUCGCCCCUGAAGAACAUCCUGUUCUCUUAACCGAAGCUCCUCUUAAUCCGAAAGCUAACCGUGAGAAGAUGACUCAGAUCAUGUUUGAGACAUUUAAUGCUCCAGCUAUGUAUGUUGCCAUUCAAGCCGUUCUCUCACUCUAUGCCAGUGGUCGUACAACUGGUAUUGUUUUGGACUCUGGAGAUGGUGUGAGCCACACGGUACCAAUCUACGAGGGUUAUGCUCUUCCGCACGCAAUCUUACGUCUUGACCUAGCUGGUCGUGACCUAACGGACUACCUUAUGAAAAUCCUGACAGAGCGUGGCUACUCCUUCACCACGACUGCUGAACGUGAAAUCGUUAGAGACAUGAAAGAGAAGCUCUCUUACAUUGCUCUAGACUACGAACAAGAGCUAGAGACUUCCAACACAAGCUCCUCUGUUGAUAAAAGCUUCGAGCUUCCUGACGGACAAGUGAUAACUAUUGGAGCAGAGCGAUUCCGGUGCCCAGAAGUUCUAUUUCAGCCAUCAAUGAUUGGAAUGGAAAAUCCAGGAAUCCAUGAAACCACAUAUAACUCUAUCAUGAAAUGUGAUGUGGAUAUUAGGAAAGAUUUGUAUGGGAACAUUGUGCUAAGUGGUGGAACCACAAUGUUUGGUGGGAUUGGUGAUAGAAUGAGCAAAGAGAUUACGGCCUUGGCUCCAAGUAGUAUGAAGAUUAAGGUUGUGGCUCCACCGGAGAGGAAGUACAGUGUUUGGAUCGGUGGUUCUAUAUUGGCUUCACUCAGCACUUUCCAACAGAUGUGGAUUGCAAAAGCGGAGUACGACGAAUCUGGACCGUCAAUUGUGCAUAGAAAAUGCUUCUAAUCAAAACUCAUGAGAAGGAUAUCCGAACUAAAAGAAAAUGAUAAAAAGAAAAACUUUAAAUUGAUUUUUUUUCUACCAAUUACAAUUUUUGUUUAUAUAAUCAUAUUUCUAUGCAAAUUGUUCUUUGUAAUUUUGAUUUGAAGCAACUCAACCAAAGUCAGUAAAAUUUUUUAAUAAUUAUGUAUAUCACACC